UCAGACAUGUGGAUGGAUAGAACACAAAACAGAACACAAAAUUGAAACAAUUUUUGUUCUUGAACUCAACUCAACACAACAAUGGCUUCAAUCACAUGCAUAACUCACCAACCCAUUAUUUCAAAUUCUAAGUCUCUAAUCACUUCACAACUUUCUUCCUCAAAGUUGGUUUCUUCUAAGUUUCUUGGUAUCAGAAUUAAAAGAGAUGGAUGUUCAAGCUCAAGCAUUAGCACCUCUAGAAUUGGACCAUCCAAUGGGUCAAGAGUCACAUGCUGGUUCAAGUUUGGUAAGAAUGGUGUUGAUGCUGAAGGUGCUGGUAUUUAUGGUAGCCAAUCUCGUGAUGAUUUUGAUAGAGAUGAUGUUGAACAGUACUUCAACUAUAUGGGAAUGCUUGCCGUUGAGGGAACAUAUGAUAAAAUGGAGGCUCUUCUAGGUCAAAAAAUCCACCCAGUUGACAUCCUACUGUUGUUAGCUGCAUCCGAAGGUGACUUGCCGAAAAUUGAGGAACUCUUGAAAGCAGGAGCAAAAUAUGAUGUAAAAGAUGCAGAUGGACGAACAGCGUUGGAUAGGGCUAGUGCUGAAGUUAAAGAUUUCAUUCUUAAUUUUUCAGUGCAAAGAGCAUGAUUAGUUUGUUCCAUUAUAUGACAGUUCAGCUACAUAAUUGUUUGCAUUGUGAUAAAUUUUGAACCAUGUUAUUUCAUAUGCUUUGGCCUUUGGUUUCAA